AUGGUAGAGCCGUCUGAUGCAUCUAUCCCCUCGGGACCUGCUGCAGCUGCUGCAUUACCAACAGCGUUGCCUGCAGCAACAGAUGCAGGGGCUGCUGCAGUAGGGGGGAAACGCCAACCCCUGGCUGCUACGUGGGAAGCUACGCCAGAUGCCGCCGCUUCAACUUGUGUCUCAGGCUCCGAAGGGUCUCUCCCCUCCAGCAAUCAGCAGCAACAGCAGCAGCCGCAGCAGAAGCUCCAAAGCGACGUUCAGUCACCUGUACACUGCACUGAGGCUCAAUCCGAUCGGCUUACUGCCUCAGGCUCAGGAGACACUGCGAUGCCACAAAGUGAACAGCAGCCACAGCAGCAGCAACAGCAACAGCUGCAUGCGCAACAUCCAGGCGGCCUUGCCCUCCAUGUUGCAUCUGUGAAGCGUUCCCAAGGCAACAGGAGCGACGGCAGCGUUGAGUGUGGGGCCCCAUCGGCCCCCUUGACCUCAGAUGCAAUAUCCAGUGUUGCGGCUCAGCAGCUGCAGCGAGGGAGCAGCGGCAGCAGCUGCUGCAGCAGCACAUCUAUUGGGGGCGAACUGAGGGGGCUUAUCAAUGCCCUUGCUUCUGUUGACUCAGCUGCAGGCAGCGGUGAGUUGCAGCAACUGCUGCAACAGCUGCUAGCGGAGCGCGAUUUGUACAAAGCAGCCUUCGGCGCAGCCAAGGAGGAGCUCAAGGACCUGGAGUGUCGGAAGCAGCAGCUUACGCAGGCGCUGCAGCAGUCUGAACAGGAACGGCGGCAGGAACGCAUGCAGCAGCAGCACGCUGCAGCAACAGCAGAUCAACCAGCGGCAGAGACAGGCGCGCCGCAGGAUCCCUCGAUGCAGUGGAACGGCAGCAGCAGCACCAGCAGCGCAGCACAGCAGCAGCAGCAGCACGUGGAUUCCAACGGCAACCCAGCUAGCAGCACCUGCAGCAGCGCGGAGGGGCCUUAUAACUGGCUUCACCAGCUGCAUGCAUGCGUCGCUUCGGGCACCUAUCCGCGGCCGGAGCUGCUGCAGAAGAGUGUUGAGCAGCAGCAGCAACUCAUCAGACUUGCAGAGGGACUGCAGCAAGAAAGGGAGAGCUACGUUGAAGCAGUGGCUUGUCUACACUCCCAAUUGCGGGAGGCCCGAGAAGAUGUUUCUUUGUACAUGUCUGCGCAUGCAACGCAUGCAGCAGAUCUAACGGCAGAGUCGGAUGAAGCCAUAAGAGCAGCAGACUUGUGGCUGCAGCAUGCAUUGCGUGUAGGCACUAAGUGCAAGUUCUGGGGGGUGGGUUCUGUUGUGCACAGCCAGGAAGCAGCAGCAGCAAGUGCUGCAGCUUCAUCGCGGGCCUUAACACUGUCUCGUGCAUGCAGCAGCGAGACGCAGUCGGAAGCCGUUGCUGCUGCUGCUGCUGCUGCACUCUCUACUGCAGCAGAGCCUGUACCAGGGGUCUCUGUAGCCCUGGCUGCUGCUGCUUCUGUCUUCUGCAUCCAAGAAGACUCCGUAGGAGAUGAUGGCGAACCUGCAGACGCAGUUGCUGCUGGCGCUGCAGCAGCAACAGCAGAGCUGGAGCGGCUCUGGUGGGGGCAGACGGGUGAUGCCCUUGCGGAGAGGCAGCAGCUUCUGAAGCAGCAAGAGCAGAGACAGCGAAACAGCCGUCUCUUGUGGUUUCUAGAGUAA